CAACAGAACACCUAAGCAGGAAAUGCUGCUUCUGAGGACAGGAGACACCUCUUGGUCUGUAAUAGCUGUGUUUCUUGAGCAGGAAAAUGUCUGACCCCGAGGAGCACGUCGAGCCUCAGAAGGUGGCAGCCUCCACAGCCUCCACGGCAGACAGUGAACCAACUGCCGAUGUCAUCAGCAUCCCUCGGCCUUCAGAAGAAGCCGAAGAGUCAGAUAUUUCUGUGGAGCAAGAGUCUGAAACCGAGGCCUUAACCACUGAGAGCGAGGAAAACACAGAGGCGCCGAGUGAGCGCAGCACCUGGACUGCAAAAUCGUCUGAGGCCAAACCCAGGGAAGAGGUCGUGUCCGCUGAAAACGUACCGCAACCUUGGGAAGAACGGAAAAGUCCAGAGAGUCAGAGUCCAGAAGAGGAACCCCUGCUGUUUCUGAAUGAAAUAAAAUCUAUCAAGGAGACUCUGCAGGCAACAAUAAGAGAAUCUUUAGCAACAGUAAAAAUCGUACUUGUUUCUGCAGCCCAGGAGAUCAUAAUGCCUUUUAGAGUUGAUGUUCCACUUAGAUUCCUCAAGGAGCACUUUGCACGCCUAUUACGUAUCCCACAUUAUGUACUGCAAAUAACUCAUGCAGGAAUAGUUGUUGGGAAUAAUGAGAGUCUAAUACAAUAUGGAAUUAAACCACACGAAAUUGUCCAGUUGGAGAUAUUUUCCACACAUCCUGAUCAAUAUCCAAUCAGAAGAGUGGAAGGCUUGAGUGAGGGCUCCAAGAUCAUCACUGUCACCAUCCAGACUGGCACCGAUCGCUACGAGGAGGUAGCUGUUGAGAUAGUAAAAUCUGACUUCCACAAACCAUUUCUUGGUGGAUUUAGACAUAAAAUAACAGGAGUAGAAUACCACAAUGCCGGAACACAAACUGUACCCAAAAAGAUUCCUGAGAAACCCUCUCUCUUUUGUAGGGACACCCAGACAGUUUUUCAGAGGAAAAAGAUGCAGCAGACUACAAAUACAACAUCCACUCAGAUGAAUAAAAUUGGGGUGUAUGUAUCAAACAUGACUGAUAAACUUCUCAAGCCGGGAAGAUAUUUUACAGCAGCAGAGUUACACGCUCGCCAGCUGAAUGCGGUGAUAGUGAUACAGACACGCUACCGGCAAUGGCAUGCUAAGCGCUAUGUGGAAAGCUUAAGACAACAAAAGAAAAAGAGGUUGGAAUGGGAAGCAGAGCAAGAGCUCAAGAAGAUCAGAGAGAAGGAAGAAUGGCUGCGGAUGGACUACUACCGCAGGCACAACCCUAAGACGAAUGAAGACUUUGAGCUGCUUUACAAUGCUCUAGAACUUUGGCGGCAAGAGGAAGCUGCGCAAAUUGACCAAUAUUUAACCCAAGCGGAGAGGAAAGCUGCCCUGUGUGAACUCCUGGAGAAGGAAACACAGAUCAUUGCUUCCAUUGGGAGACACAGGUGUAUCGCCCACAUGGAGAGCCAGGAGGCAGCCAUACAGAGUUUUCUGGAUAAGUGUUCAGCUCCAAAGACCUGGAGAAGACCCGAUGGCCAAACCAUUGAAAUGGACACACAGUUCACUAUAAGAGCCAGAGAGUUGCAAAGCAUCUACAAGUGUAUCAUACUGAAAGACCUUUCUCAGGAUGAGAGACUGGAUAUUCUCCUGACACUGAAGCACACUGUGAAGGAACACGAAUGUAAACUGACCCAAGAAAUCCUAGAACUGAUUGACAGAGAAGUUGACCUUAUGAUGAGAGGAGUCAAGCCUCAUAAUCUUGAAGGACUCAGAAAAAGAAUUACGACACUCUUUUUCCACUACAUCAAAACCCCCCUGUUCAAUCCUGAAGUGGCAAGAUACCUGAAGGUCCCUCAAGACCCACUGAAGUUUUAUGAUAAGAUUUACUUUUGCCACAGCUGCCAGCUGUAUUUGCCGUCCGUGGAAUUUUCUGUGUCGCCCACCUCACAUCGUGUGUACCGCUGCCGUCACUGUGUGAACCUUGAGAACGAGAUUCAAAAGCGGGAAUCGUUUUUGAAGUACAAGUGUCUGCUUCAGCGGCUCUACUUCUCAGAAGCUGACUAUGGGGAUGACGCUCAGAUUGCUUUCCUCAUGCAGCUCCAAGAUAUUAAGUACUUGACCGAGAACAUCUGGGCAUCCCAGUCCAUCCUCAGUGCCUGGGAUGAUCUCAACGACCUGGUCAUGGUCAGGUGGGACAAGAACGUGGAGUGGUCUCCCUGGAAUUGCAUUCUUCUCACCAAGAACGAAGCGGCCGCUCAUCUCAAGCUAGAGAAUAUUGAGCAGGAAUAUGGACGCCUUUUUAUCCACAAGAUCAAGCACAAACACAUCCUGGCUAAAAACUAUUUCUCACAGAUUCCAGUGCUGGCUUCACUUAUUGUUGAAGAUAGUGAAGUAGAAGAUAUCAGAAGUAAAUACAGCACAGAUAAGCCACCUAAAGUUAUAGAAGCCCGAGGGACUGUACUUUAGGGGGUUUCAGGAAUACCCAUGGUGAUGAGCAUUUUGUUCUCUCUUAAGAGAGUAAUACAGAGGUCAUGUAAUAUGGAAACCACUUUUCUGAUUCCAUUAAUAUUUGUUUUGUUCUGUGCAUAUGAACCUUUGUUGGAUGGUUAGUAUUAAUCUGUAAUUUUGUUUCAGAUUAAUAGUUAAAGAAAAUAUUUUAACCUAUUUUCAUGUUAAAUUUAAAAAAAAAAAAGCCUAAAUGCUUUAUAGUCAAAAUACAACAGCCAAACAAAACCUUGGCUUAACUUUCAAUGAAAAUAAUUUAUUUAACAUAUACUUUAUGAGUGUAAUUAUUCUCUGUACAUACAUGUAUUUUGCUAUAAGUAUUUGAAUUAUUUUUACUUUUGUUGUCUACUCUUGCCUUUUAAUUGCACAAUUCAAGAAAACACUGUAAACAAACCCAAAUCUGCAUUGCAUGCCAUGAAGCAAGGAAAACAGUGGAAAUGUUAGUUAUGGAGGAGAUUUCUUGUGGUAAAUGUUGGGAUUCUGUAAGAAGUAUCAACUUGAUGGACUUGAUCCCAUCAACUGUC